UACAACAACUGAUUCAAUGGGAUCCAUCCGUCGACUAGGCCAGCCUUUCUGUAGCAUAGUUCAUACCAAAUUACAAUUUUUUCAACUGCGAUAGCAGCGUCCGGUCGAUCACGGAGACCACUCCGUUUUCAUUGCAACAUGGAGUUCAGGCGCCGGGAUUACCUCGCUGAUGACUCAAUCUUCUCGCUUCCUCGUACGCCAGUUCAGGAUCAUCCUCUCACUGCCAUUCGCGCUAUAGCGGCGGUUCAGGAUAAGGGAGUGGCUUCAUCCGUCUCAAGGGAUAGAUCUCAUAGCAAGAUUGAUGCUACCCGUGAUGAAAAGGUUGAUUUUGAAGACCCAUUGAGAGCCCAUGUCGCAGAUCCCUCUUCUAAUGUGCAAAUAUUUGAUGAUACUUCCAGAAGAAGUCUUUCUAAAGAAGUGGGUCAGUUUUCAGCAAAAGAAUGGGCUGUUUUUACCAAGGCUCUGUCGCAGAAAUUCUCUUAUAGUAAUAUGAUAACGAUACCAUCGGCAUUUGAUAUUGUGUCAAGGAACAACAAAGAGCAUAACAAGUCUUUAGCAGAUGUGCACAUUGAAGAAUUGGAAGAUCCUGAAAUGAUGAUAAAAGAGGAGAAGAAGGUGAUCACACAACAAGAGUAUGUCUCACGAUUACAAGAGCUUAAAGCAGAAAUUGGUCGGGCAUGGAAUGCUGAUGAUCGUAUAAAAGCAUUGAAGCUAUCAAUUAAGGUUUCGAGGCUUCUAAUUGACACAUCAGUUUUGCAGUUCUAUCCGACCUUGUUCUUGUUAGUCAUAGACGUAAUGGAUAUGUUUGGUGAUUUGGUGUGGGAACGAAUUAAAAAGAAGGCUGAAUAUUCUGAUGACGGUACUUUUAUAUGUUCUUUGCCAGAAAGCUUUCUUUCUGUUGAUGUUUCUUCUCAGGCUAAAGAAACAUGUUAUAACUGGUUUUGCAAGAUUGGUUCGAUUCGUGAACUUCUUCCACGCAUAUAUUUGGAACUUGCCAUUUUACAUUGUCGGCGCUUCCUGGAGGAUCAUCACAUGCAAUGUCUCCAGCGUUUGACUAGGAUGAUGAGGGGACUCGCGGAUCCACUUGCAUCUUCUUAUUGUCAUCUUUAUAUGGCCCACCGUGCAGCAUUGGUUCAUUGUAAAGAUACUGGCUACUUGAUUAUGUCCAUUAGUGAUAUCAACUUUUCAUUGAGGAGGAUUAUUUCUGAUAAAGAAGCUAGGAAAAAUGAUUCCGAGAGGAAUAUUAAACUAACCAUAAGCCUGAUGGAACCUACAAUAGAGUGGAUUAUGAAAUACAUGUUCAUGGAAGGAAGACAGAAACCCAAUGACAUACUUGUGGAGUUUGGAUUUGGAAGUGGAACACUAGAUUCAACGUGGAAGGUUCCAUGGACUUCAAUUAUUAUUCAUCAUCUCGUUAGACAACUUCCAAGUAAAAUAAUUAGUGCAUAUUUGUUUGAGAUUUUAGAGGUUUUUGAGCUCAUUAAAGAUCUCUCUCUCGACCAGCAUUUGAAUUACAGGCUACUUGGACUUAAGCUUUGUGAGAGCCCUCCACAUCUUGCAUAUGUUGAAUCCAUAUUAAACAGAGUUAUGCAGGUCAUUUCUCAAUAUAAUCAGCUCGAGGAAUAUUUGUUAGUUGCAAAUGCUUACUUGGACAUUAUUUUGCAGUGCUCAAUGGAUAGUCUUUUAUCUUCCAUUUUAGAUGGCAUUCUGAAGCGAGCAAAAGAUAGAAGGGUUGAUGAAACUGAGUUAGAUGCUCUGCAAUCGAUUCUUAUGAAGCUUCUCAAGUACUUUAGUAGCAUAGAAAAUGCUUUUGCUUCGGAACAUUUUAUGGCUUUGUAUGAACUGCUGAGUGGAAUUUCUAAAAAUGUUAUCAAUUUGGAUAUGCUUGAAAAAGCAACAAGAUCUCGUUCAAUCUCGGAUCCCACAAUCAUACAAAUGCUUUUUGAAAUCUCUAAAGCCCUUCAUGACAGCAUUGAUAUAUUAAAUGAAGAUUAUCAGCAAAUGUCGCAACUCAUCUGUUAUUUUGUUCGAAUGGUUGGUUUUGGAGAUGAUAGGGAACGGCAUUUGACUUUCUUAGCUACAUGUCGUGCAGCUUUCAGUAACUUUGAUAUUGUUAUGGACACUCUUGUUCUUUUGAGUAAUAAUCUUGCAAGUGGAGCAAUUAAGGGGACAAGCAAGCUUUCAAACUUUGUCAAAGCUUGUGUUGCUUUUAGUGAAGCCACAAUUCCAUCCAUUCCUAACCAAAUAAGAUGUAUGAAAUUGUUUAUUGCAACGGCAGAGGUUGCAUUAUUUGCUGGCCUUUUUUCUCAUACUAAAGGACUUCUUAAUUCAGCCAUUGAUUGUUUGCUAUGUUUAGACUUGCCAGGGUCCUACAAAUCUAUCAUUGAGGAUGAGAUCUUAUCACUUACAUGCAAAAUGUGCAGCAUUUUGGCUUUCAUUCCAGGUAUUAACGGAGGAAUUGCUCAAAUACAAAUGCGUCUAAUGUUGGUUAUUGACAAUCAAACAUGGGCAUCCUCAAAGAUGAGGACAAAAGUAUUCUGUGCAAUUAUUUCUGUAUGUUCAUGUCUUUCUCAAAGUCUACUCCCUCGUCCUCCAAAAAACAUGAAGGUUGCUGGUCAUGAUCAAAUGUUCUUCUUUGGAGAUGAGUCUUAUGAGCAAGAAAUUUCGUUGGUCACCAGAGAUGCUCUUCAGUGCUUGUUCAAAGCUAUUGAACAAGACCCUGCUUCGGCAUCAAAAGGAAAAUUGGCACUUGAAGCUUGCAACUGCCUUAUCAUUAACUUCAAGGCCAACCAUGAGCUCCAUUUGAAAUGUUCAAAGCUUAUUGAGAUUGCAACUUCAUGUCUGCAUUCCAAAGACAAUUAUCUAACAACAUCAGUGAAAUUCUUUGACAAGCACUUUCAAAAUUUAUGAUGAUUUGCCAUUUUUAUCAACUGUUGACCUGCUGAAUUAAGCCUGCAACUAUCAAAGCUCGUUCAAGAACUCUUUGCAUGUCCAAUGAAGUGAAUUAUUCAGAAGAACAAAGUUAUUGGAACUCAAUCUGUCAGUUACUUCUGGAGUUCAUUUCAUUCUUAGCACUGAAAGCUGAUUUGCUUCUUCCAUCUGCAAUUGUCAUGCUGUUCUUAUCUAAUAUACAAUCUGUUAACAAUCCUAAUGAAUGGGACCAUAAACAGGUGUAUUUUUUGGUUUUUAUGCUACUGGUAUACCUCCAUGUAAUUAGGAGUUUGGCAGACCAUUUGCUCUGAAAUUUUUCGUUUUAUUACUUUUAUAUUAAAUUGCUUGAAAUUUGUAUC